CACGCGUUAAAACAACUGGCACGAAGUUCUUUUUCGCGUGAUACGAUGACGCGAUUUAUUUUUUGUAUAUUAAUCGUAUUAACACUUUUUAACGAGAACUUUGCAGACUCGAGCUGUCCCGAUGAUUGGAUUGACUGUGGUAACGAGAUAUGUGUGGCCUACCUGUGGAGAUGCGACGGUGAAAAUGACUGCGGCAACAUGAAAGACGAAGAAAACUGCGAAGAUGGUAUUCUACACAAACCCUGCGAAAGCGAUAGUUUCCAGUGCCUAAUAGAUGGACACUGUAUUCCUGAAAUAUGGCGUUGCGACGGCGAACACGAUUGUGAAGAUGGUUCAGAUGAAACUGAAUGCAAGAACGAUACUCUGUGCGAUGGUUUCCAGUGCAAAGAUAAUCACUGCAUACCCUCAAAAUGGAAAUGCGACGACCAGAAAGAUUGUCCUGAUGGAUCUGAUGAAGAAUCUUGUCCAAAAGAAGAAAAAUUGUGCUCCGAGACGGAGUUCACGUGCUCUUCUGGAACUUGUCUUGAUCAAAAACUAGUUUGCGAUCGCAAAAAAGACUGCCCCGAUGGAAGUGACGAAGGGGACCACUGUGGUGACGUUUGUUCUAAUGCUACUUGCACCCAGAAUUGCAGACCAACUCCAAAUGGCCCUGAAUGCUUCUGCGAUGCUGGCUACAACCUUCAGAAUGAUAAUAGAACAUGUUCAGAUAUCGAUGAAUGUUUGACCGAAGGAUUUUGUAGCCAAGAAUGCACCAAUCUGAUUGGAUCGUACGAAUGUUCCUGUAUGGAUGGUUAUGAUUUGGUCAAUAACACAUGCAAAGCUCCAGAUCCGGAACCACUUCUUAUAUUUUCAACCUUGGAAGAAAUACGAGCCAUCUACCUACGCACAAAACGAUAUUUCCCCAUCCACAAAGCUGUAUUUCGAGCUGCUGCUGUAGAUGCCGAUCCACUCGAAUCCAAGAUCUAUUGGGUGGAAAUUUCCAACAGGUCUUCUGUUUAUGCUACGAAAAUUGAUGGAACUGGUUUUUCCGUAGUUUUAAACAACGGUCUGUUAGUUCCUGAAGACAUAGCAGUCGAUUACGUUGCCAGAAAUCUGUAUUUCGCAGAUUCUGGUUUAAAACAAAUUCUGGCGUGCAAAAUGGACGGCUCAAUGUGUCACGUUUUACACAGUACAAAUGUUGGAAAGCCACGAGCACUUGCAUUAGAUCUACCUGAAGGGCUUGUUUAUUGGACCGAUUGGGGCAAUGAAACUGCCGGAAUCUACAGGAGUGGCAUGGAUGGAAGUCGUCGCGUUACUCUGGUUUCGAAAGAUGUUGUGUGGCCCAACGGUAUUGCAAUCGAUCAUACGACCAAUAGAUUAUUCUGGGCUGACGCUCAGUUGCAAACCAUAGAGUAUAUAACUCUGGAUGGAAAAACACGAAAGGUGUUGAUCAAAGACGAAGUAUUCCAUCCCUACUCUUUAUCUGUAUUCGAAGACAAUGUGUACUGGUCCGAUUGGAAGAGUUUCUCUCUAGAGACGUGCAACAAGUUCACGGGUCACAAGAUGAGCGUGAUGGCCCGAGAAAAUGGGAAGCAUGUGAUGGGAGUUCAUGUCUAUCAUCCUGUACUAGCUAGGAGAACUAAUAAUCCCUGCUGGUCCAGCUCCUGCAGUCACAUGUGCCUAAUUGCCCCUCUAAACGGCCAUCAUUGUGCAUGUCCACCAGGAUAUACUCUCGACAGCACCGGAAUAAAAUGCCGAAUCAACGACAACUUCCCCAUGCUGCUGGUGAACGACGACAGCGAUAUUUAUCACAUUCGGCCAGAAGCUGUAGGUAAUAUUGCAAUCAGCAAAUUGCCCACAACGCAUGUUGAUAUGAUAGGACAACUGGCUUAUGACUGGAAAUCAAAAACUCUCUUCAUCACGGAUCUGAAGAAACCAGCUAUAUAUGCGAUCAACAUGACUUCGUUUGUAAGACGCGAAUUGACUGUAAAUCAUCUUGUCAGUCCUGGAGGCCUCGCUUUCGAUUCCAGUAGCCAAAACCUGUAUUGGGUUGACACGAGUAAAGGCACGGUGGAAGUUGUCUCUGUCGUAACAUCCCGGACCUCUGUCAUUAUUGUGGACUUGUCGAAACCGAGGGAUAUUGCUCUUGUGACCAAUAGUGGACAAAUGUUUGUAUCCACAGUUGGAGAAGAUCCUUCUAUUACAAUGUAUGAUAUGGAUGGAAAGAAUAGCAAAUUGUUGCCCACUGUUCUUGGAACGCCAGUUGCCAUAGCUGUGCAUCCGUCAGCAAGUCUCCUGUACUGGGCGGAUCCUAAAUCGGAAAUUAUUGCUGUUAUUGAUUACAUGAACCCCAGAAGUGAGCCGAAAAUCCUUAAAACAAGAGUCGGAAAUAUUAUGUCCGUUGCCGUAAAUAACAAGUACAUAUACUGGACGGAUUCUAAACACCAUUCCUUGAGUCUCCUGAAACAUAACUCAUCACACCCUCACACCAUCCAAUUGCCGGGAAUGAAAAGUGGACUGGUCUCCAGGAGAGUCAUUUACGCAGCAGCUCCUGUAACAAAAAGAUCUCUAGGAGGACCUGCCUGCUUAAUGAACAAUGGUGGAUGCAGUUAUUUAUGCGUCACGUCCCCUACUGGACGAACAUGCAUUUGCCCAAAUGGAAUGGAACUUGGAAAAGAUGGAUUGGCGUGUGUAGAGAAGGAAUGUUUGCCCUCUGAAUUCCGCUGCUCGGUGAGCAAAAAAUGUGUGCCUCGUGAAUUUGUAUGCGACGGAACAAAGGACUGCGAAGACGGCUCAGAUGAAAAAUGUCAAGAAGCACCUCAGAGGUGUCCGGGCAACGACUUUCGUUGUUUGAAUGGUCGCUGCAUUAUAGCCUCCUGGAAAUGCGACAAGAGGGAUGACUGCGGCGAUAAUUCGGACGAAAUCGGCUGUCCUGCUCCCGUGAAUUGCUCGGAAAGCCAGUUUACCUGCACUGGGGGAGAAUGUAUUCCUACCUUGUGGAGAUGCGAUGGAGAAAGCGAUUGCAACGAUAGCAGUGAUGAGAGAGAUUGUCACAAAACGGCUUGUGACUCGGAAACCCAGCUGCGUUGCGACCAUGGACAGUGCAUACCGAAGUCGUGGGCUUGCGAUGGUGCACCAGAUUGUUUUGACAGCACAGACGAGAGAAACUGCUCAUCCGAAACCAAAACAUGCGAUUCGAAGCAGUUUAGAUGCGAUGAUGGUACGUGUCUGGAUAAAACAAUGGUGUGUGACAAAAGAAACGACUGUGAAGAUGGUUCUGACGAGAAGAAUUGUUCAAAAACGAGUAUCACUUGUGAUGAAGGCCGAUUUGCAUGCAAUGAUGGCACUACCUGCAUCUACAUUCACGAAGUAUGCGAUGGGUACAAAGACUGCAGCGAAGGAGAGGAAGAGGUAAACUGCACUCGCACCAUCGAUCAAUGUACUUCGGAGGAGUACUUCUGUACCAACAACUCACGCUGCAUAUCCAAGCGUUGGAUCUGCGAUGGCGACAACGACUGCGGAGAUGCAGCAGAUGAGAAUCCUGAAAACUGCACGAGACGAGCCAGGCCGACUCUUCCGCCUCACAGGAAAAUUCUAGAAUGUGAAGAGUACUCCUGCACUCUUUCCGGGGAAUGCAUCCCUUGGUCUAAAGUGUGCGAUAAAGUAAACGACUGUGAAGAUUUAAUGGACGAGGGGCCUCUUUGUUCCAAAGCAUGCAGUGUGGAUAAUGGAGGCUGCUCCCAAAACUGCCAGAAAACUCCAGAGGGAUCAAAGUGCUUUUGUGUCCACGGCUAUUCCCUUUCGUUCGAUGGACUUACUUGCGAAGACAUCAAUGAAUGCGAAAUUCCGGGAAGCUGCAGCCAUUUCUGUAAUAACACCAAAGGGGGCUUCAAGUGUUCUUGUGCCGAAGGCUACUUCCUGGAGCACGAUCAUAAACACUGCAAAGUGGAUGGAGGAUCUGCAACAUUAGUUUAUCUUCUGCCUGACCAGAUUCGCGGGUUCGAUCUCAGCACACGAUCCCAAAGAGUUUACGUGAGUGGACGCAUGGCGGAUAUGCGAGGAAUGGACUAUGAUGCGUCCGACGGAAUGUUCUUCUGGACAGACUGGAAAGAUGGAACUAUAAACAGUUAUAUCUUAAAUGCGAAUAAACAAGAUAUAUUAUUGACAACACCAGUGAGACCUCAUUUUCUGCGUUGGGAUUGGAUUGCCAAAAAUAUCUACUACACAGAUGACGAAGGAAGCAUAAUAGCUUGUAGCAAAGAUGGGAAGUAUUGCACAACUGUCAUACAAAAUGUAGCGCCUCACAUAAAUAGUUUCGAUAUAGCUCCCAAUUCAGGCCUUAUGUUCUGGAGCUUGUGGGAAGUGAUUCGCCAAAAAGGUGCUGGUCUUCUGGAAAGGGCGGAAUUGGAUGGAUCUCAUCGCGUGGAGAUUGUCACUGAGCGAGUCAUAUGGCCCACAGCUGUGACAGUGGAUCACAUCUUGAAGAUGGUCUACUGGACGGAUGCCAAGCUCAAUAUCAUGGAAUGUGUGGAUUUUCAUGGACUAAAGAGGAGAACUGUCGUGGCCGAUGACUUGUAUUACCCUUUCAGUAUGGCAAUGUUCGAAGACUAUGUUUACUGGUCAGAUUGGGGUACCGACAGUUUGAUUCGUUGCAGCAAGUUUGAUGGCAGAAACUGCAUGACAUUACACAGAGGAAAUGUUAAAUCGGAAGUACUUAUGGUUGUCCACAAAGUAAAGCAACCCAAAGGUAUAAAUCGUUGUGCCAACAGCAGUUGUAGUCAGAUCUGUCUGCCAACUCGAACCAGUUACGUAUGCAAAUGCAGUGCUAGCUAUAUGAAAGCGCAUUCGGAUUGUGUAAAAUUAACAACCACUGAAGCAGCAGAAUUUAUUGAAACUACUACAGAAGCGCCAUGUCCUCCUAACUAUUGCGAGAACGGAGCAAAAUGUAUAGCCAGUGGUGGAAAAUUUCAUUGCCAAUGCUCUUAUGCCUUCAAAGGUGAUCGAUGUGAAGUACAAAUGGCUGCAACCCAAGAUGUUUAUGACUACAGUUGGGUCGUUGGCGUAAUAUUAGGCAUACUUUUCGUUUGUGCUGUUAUAAUGGUGACACUGGUAUGUCGCCAGAACAGGGAGAGAUUGUCGAAAAUGAGCGACAGCAUUGCCGUGACCUUCCGGAAUUCCGGUUGGAUUCGAAAAAGUGGUAGGUUAGUAGGGGACACGGAUGACGGAAGCGCCUGUGACGAACUCGUGCUCGGAAAGCAGGGCAGCUUUGAGCAAAAAAAUUUUGGCAAGACUUUGUUCGGCAAAAAACCAAGGGUGUUCGUUGAUUCAGAAUCGGAUUAUGGCGACUUCAAAAGGUGGCCCUCUUACGAUUCCGAUGACUCGGCCUUUGCCAGUGAAAGCCAGACUCGGGAGAGCUCUCAACUCUGCAUUAAUGAAACUCCGCUGAGCGGCCUCAAGACGACGGAGCGGAUAAUCCACUUCUAGAGAUAAAUACAGGGGGGUUAAUGAAGUCUGUUUAUAUUGUAAAUUUUUGUCGUCUAAUUUCAGUAGGUUUUAAUGUUACGUUUUAAACUAAUAAACUAAUAUGAUUUUGUUUUUA